AGACUACUGCUUGGACUCUAGAGAAUUUACUCUAGCACUAGUUUCCUAGUUGGAUCUAAAGCUGAGUUGUCGGCAAAGACACAGUGAGACUACUCUCACUCAACUCAAACAACACAAACACACUUGUUAUGGCCACACUACUUCCUCUCCUCUUUUUUGCAAGAGUUUCAGGCCUUGCUGUGGCAGUACUUGUCCUCUUCUGGGCCCUUUCUUUCAAAUCUAGCUUUCUCACUCCCUCACUUUCCCAACAAGACCUCAUCUAUGCAGUUCUCCAUCCUCUCCUCAUGGUCAUUGGCUUUAUCCUCUUGAGUGGAGAAGCAAUUUUGGUGCACAGAUGGUUACCUGGGUCAAGGGGUUUGAAGAAAUUGGUGCAUUUGUGGCUUCAAGGGGUGGCUUUAACUUGUGGGAUCUUUGGGAUUUGGACUAAGUUCCAGGGAAAGGAUGGGAUUGUGGCUAAUUUCUUUAGCUUGCACUCAUGGAUGGGUUUGGUUUGUGUAUCUCUCUUUGGAGCCCAGUGGUUGAUUGGCUUCUUGAACUUUUGGCACAGAGGAGAGGUUCGCACUGUGAGGAUAAGGAUCUUACCAUGGCAUGUGUUCCUUGGCCUAUACACUUAUGCAUUGGCAAUAGCAACAGCAGAAACUGGAUUGCUAGAGAAAUUAACAUUCUUGCAAACAAAGAGAAAUGUAGCCAAACACAGCACUGAGUCCAUGGUGGUUAAUAGUUUAGGCUUGGUUCUUGCCCUUCUCAGUGGCUUUGUUAUUUUGGCUGCUGUUUCACCUAAGUAUCAUACAAUUCAAAACAAACUUUUGUACUCAGAUACCAAGUGUUUGUCAUCUUAAUGAAACGUGGUAGUAAAACUUCAAAUGUAACAUAUUUUGUCUUUUGUGAUCCUUAA